GCUUAGUUUGCGUGUUGUAGAAGAUAAAGAUUUUUCACAAUGCAUUUUUACCGAUUUUAUCAGAUCCUUGCGGUAUUUUUCGCCGUAACUUUGGUGACAGUUUCAUCUAGUGAGGAUGAUCAUGACCAUGGUUCGGGAAAAGUUGAUCCAUUCAAGGAAACGCUGGAAUUAUUCAACAAAACUGAGGAGCAUAAUCUAACUGCUUCCCAAAUCGAUGAAAUUUGGGAAGCUCUUUUUACUAAGCUGCAGUGUACCGAUGCUCAAAUUACAUCCACUGGAAGGACUUGCAAAACGUGCCUCACGUCUUCAGACAUUUUCACAAUCCUAAACACAACCCAAGCACAAGGACUCAACGAAGAACUCUUUGAGUCUGCUUCUGUCGUAUUCGUCUAUUAUGCUACCAACAUCACAGCAGCAUGUAAGGGAGAUGCAACAAGUCGGAAAUACAGCGCCUAUCUGCAAGGGUUGAAAAUGAUGGAUAACGCAAAUACGAACAUGAUGGCUGAUUUGUUACAUCAUAUUUUCGAGGGCGUUAAUAAGACAUAUGAUCCAUCGAUAGAGACACAUUUUGACGGCCAUCAUGAGAAUGAGACGGGACAUGAACAUGAAGAAGCAAAGUGUGCUGAUGAGAUGACCCUGAACCCUGAGUCCAAUGCCAAAGCCACAGAAGACGAAAUCAAGAAAGUGUCUGCAGCCCUCAUUUAUUACUUAAUCAAAGGUUACAAGCUGUGGGAGCAAUGUCCAGACCAGCUCCCAGCAAAGGACAGCUUCAUCAAAGAUCUCUACAAGCUGCUCGAUCCUAAGAAUAAUGGCAGCAUGUCGGAAGAAGCAUUUGAGGCGUUGAUGAAGACGCUCAAGCUUGGUGGUGCUGCCAGUACAACGCAUGAGGAUGAGCAUAACCACAAAAGACGGAGGAGGUCGCUCGAGUUCAGCCAAGAUGGUUCAGUGGUCAGUGGUGACAAUGCGGUGAUCUUGUCCAGGACGAAGCGAGUGGCAGCUCCAGUGAAAAAUCCUGUGGACCUAAUGAAAAGGUGCUACAAUUCAGAACAACUGCUGACCACUUUUGGUGUGAACCAUUCUGUCGGAAUGAACUACGUUAAGUUCCAAGAGCUCUGCCCUGCGCUCAUCCAACAACAAGUGAGCAAAGCCUGUACCACCGAUAAGACGGCCACCAAGGCACGCAUCACUGCAGCUGAAAGCUAUGGCUAUGGUACCCUUUCUGUUUUCAUCAUCAGCCUAAUGGCCCUCUUAGGUGCUAUCCUGAUUCCCUGUUUUGGAUCGAACGUUUACAAGUUGAUGAUGGCAUUGUUUAUUGCGCUUGCUGUGGGGACGAUGUGUGGAGACGCCCUUCUUCAUUUGAUACCCAUGGCAACUGGUUUGCAUGGACAUGAGGAAGGAGAUGACCAUGGCCAUGGGGGAACUAUCGUUAUGGAGGACUUCGCUCAGAAAAAUUUGGUGGUGUUAACAGCUAUUUAUUGUUUCUUCCUGUUUGAGGCAUUAAUGGCAGUAAUUCGCAGCAAUGAUGAUGAAGACACGACAGGGGAACAUGGUCAUAGUCAUUCGCAUGUGCCAAAUGAAGAGUUUUUCAGCGAGCACAAACGGCGUCUUUCUUUCAAGAAGACACAUGAAAAGCGGGUGGGUAAUGACCCUAAUCUUGGUAGAAUGGCACAGGAUGAUAAAGAAAAUGGUAAUGCUGGUCACGAUAACCCCGGCUUUCAAAAGGGUGAAUCCACGAUGGAAUUUGCCAACAAGGCAAUUACUGAUGCUGAAAGCAAUGGAGUGACUUCAGCAAGCAACAGCAAUGCUUCCCCUGAAACCCAGGUUGCAGAACAAGGAGGUAAACAUGAGAAUGGGAAAAAGGGUGGCAUUAAAGCUGUUGCAAUCAUGAUCAUCAUCGGGGAUUCGAUUCACAACUUUGCCGAUGGUAUGGCCAUUGGUGCUGCUUUCUCUCAAGACUUAAACACUGGCCUGGCGACAUCGAUAGCAGUGCUGUGUCACGAAUUACCGCACGAGUUAGGUGAUUUUGCUGUCCUUCUUGCAUCUGGCCUCAGCGUGAAGUAUGCCCUCCUCAUGAACACGUUAGCGGCCUGCUGUGCGUUUAUUGGGCUAUAUAUUGGUAUUGCCAUAUCUGUCGACGCUUCCGUCCGCCAGUGGAUAUUUGCGGUAACAGCCGGGAUGUUCUUAUACAUAUCGUUAGUAGACAUGCUUCCAGAAUUGAUGCAAAUGAAAUCAAAAAAAAAGUGGAGGAUUUUCAUUUUCCAAAAUAUUGGACUCUUGCUUGGAAUUUGUUUCAUGUUGCUGAUUGCAAUUUUCGAGGAGCACAUAUCGUUCGGCAUGUAGAGACUUUUUCUUCAGAAAAUAAGACUUUUGUGGAGAGGUACUUCAAAGUACGUUGAAGUAAAUUAUGAUUUGAAGUAAUUGGUUUUUUUGUCAGUUUGUAAGUGAUUUCCGCUUCUAUCAAAAUAUAAUGAUCUGAUGCAAUCCUGGCUUGGAUUGAUAAACCAUGUGAUGAUUUGUAUUUGUGAUGUGUUCCGAAAUCACUGGGUCAACCAUGAUUGCAAUAUUAUACAAUUGUUUACUUUUCAUGUCUGGGCGAAAAUGUCCUGUCCCCUCGGGUGAAUACUUUAUUAUUAUAAACUAAAAGUUUGGUGCAGAUAUGGUAGAACGUUUUAAUGAUAAUGUCUUGUACACCUGCAUGUAGAAAAAACAUUAAUCUUUGUGGGUUUUUCAACAGGCUAGAUUCUUUGUCACAAUAGAGCCAGUGUCUCCCAAGUUAUGCGAUAAUGGUUUCAUGCAUUUUGCAUAUAAUGUUUUCGAAAUACACACUGGCGUGUUAUGAAGGGCCCUGAGGACAUUUCUUGUAUAAGAAAAGACUGUUUCUGGUUCACUUCAAAUUAUAGGGAAAUUUGAAUGAAUCUCCGGGUAGAAUUUAGGUUUUCUGUGGUUUUGACUACCGGAUCAAUGCACAAUGAAAUGCAUAAUCAUGAAAAUGGUGCUUUUGCUUUAUCUUAGGAUAUCUUUCUUCAUUUUAGCUUAUGGCAUUCACUAAUUCCUGUAUGAGUAAAUGAAAGAUUCGAAAGGGAUCGUGUAAAGGGAUUGCAAAAUUUGAAUCAGAAACUUGACAACGUCUCACUUGCGCAUAAUCCCCGAUGCAGGUGACAAUGUGUGUCAAGACACUUCCUCUUCAAGUUAAUGAUACAGCAAAAAUGUUGACGAAUGCUUUUGGGUAUAGUCUUCAUUAUUUUGGUGAAAUCUUUACCAUAAGAUUCAGCCGUCUUAGGGCAUCAUACCCUGGAGGAGGCGACGUGUACUGAUAGUUGCAUGGGAGUUUUUGGUGAACAGUUGUACAGUACAGUGUAUAAAUUGUAAUUUAUGUAAAAAAGGCUCAAAAUGAUACUUAACUGUGUAUAUUUUUAAUAUUCUUUGGCAAAAACAGCCGUUUUAAUACAAGGAUUUGUAUAUAAAUCUAAGAAAU